CUAAUCUAAAAUACGUGCAAUAUAGUGUUUUGAAGCGUUUCUAAACUUUCGACCAAAAAAAAAAAAAAAGCGUUUCUAAACAAAGGUUCGACGAUCGCUGUUCUCUGCUCUACGACACGGUGCAUUUGCUCGUUACUAUUGGAUUUGGAUUUCUGUAACUUACGAUUCGCAAACGAAGGAUAGAUAGAAUGCAAUUUCUGUGAGAUUGAAACACGUUUUACAAUCCAAUUCUUUAUUUUGUUCUCAAUCCCAAGACGUGUCCGCUGCCUCCAUGAGAGUAUCUGGGUAAGGACGUUACCUUUUUCCGGCAAGCAUCGCACACCAUCGCCCCAAAAGAGGUAAUUUGUGACGGCUUUGUUGUGUGACAACUCUGUCAUCCUUGUGUGAUUCUUCUAGGCGCCGCUAUUUUGCCCCACCCUCCUCGGCCCUACGUGAUUCAGGUGAUACCUUGUUUGAACCGUUCUUGCACUAAAUGGCUGAAAUACUUGGGUCAUUCCUCUCUUCCUUGUUACCAUCAAAGGUGGAUAGGAUAUCCGUUCAAGACUUUAAAGAUUUCUUUAAGGGCAACGGUAUUGAUGAGGGGCAUCUCCAAGACUUAAGACUGCUUUUAUUAUCCGUCGCUACUGUGCUCAAUGAUGCUGAGGAGAAGCAAUUUAUUGAACCAUGGGUGAAAGAGUGGACUGAUAAAGUUAAGGAUGUUGCAUAUGAUGCCGAUGACUUAAUGGAUGAGCUAGUCACCAAGGAAAUGUAUUCAAGGGAUUUUGCUUCGUCUCUCAAUCCAUUUGCUGAACAACCACAAUCUAGAGUUCUAGAGAUUCUUGAGAGGUUAAGAUCCUUAGUAGAGCUCAAAGACAUUCUCAUUAUUAAGGAAGGUAGUGCAAGUAAAUUACCCUCAUUUACUUCAGAAACAACUUCUUUGGUAGAUGAACGUCGAGUGUACGGUAGAAAUGUUGAUAAGGAGAAAAUUAUCGAGUUUUUGUUAUCCAACAACUCCCAAGAUGUGGAAGUGCCUGUAGUUGCUAUUGUUGGGAUGGCAGGGGUUGGCAAGACCACUCUUGCUCAGAUAUUAUACAAUGAUUCACGAGUUAUGGACCAUUUUCAGUCAAGAUCGUGGGCAUCCGUUUCAGGAAAUUCGAAAAUGCAGGAAAUAACUAAACAAGUUCUAGAUUCAUUCACUUUGUGUCAAUCUGAUGUCGUGGACUUCAAUGGUCUCCAAAUUCGGCUAAAAAAAGAAUUAACAGGGAAAAGGUUUUUACUUGUUUUGGAUGGGUUCGAGAAUGAGAAUUAUCUUGAUUGGGAUAUCCUUCAAAUGCCUUUUGUUUCAGAAAAUAAUGGAAGUAGAAUAAUUGCUACCACACGUAAUAAAAGGGUUGCCACAGCAAUCCGUGCUAAUCUAACUCAUUUCCCCCCGUUCCUAUCUCAAGAGGCUUCAUGGGAGUUAUUCUCAAGUCAUGCAUUCAAGUCUCAAAACUCAAAUGAACGAAGUCGUGUUUUGACGGAAAUUGGUAAAAAAAUCGUUCAAAGGUGUGGUGGUCUCCCCCUAGCCACAAUUACACUAGGGAGUCUCUUAAAUUCAAAAGAGGACAGUGAGGAGUGGGAAAAUGUUUGUACCAGUAAAUUAUGGGAUUUAUCAAGAGGGGGGAACAACAUAUUUUCUGCAUUAAUUUCAAGCUACAUACGCCUGCCUCCAUAUCUCAAGCGGUGCUUUUCAUUUUGUGCCAUCUUUCCGAAAGGCCAUAAAAUAGAAAAAGGGAACUUGAUAUAUUUAUGGAUGGCUGAAGGUCUUUUGCCACGAUCAACAAUGGGAAAGAGAGCAGAAGAUAUAGGAGAAGAAUGUUUUGAGGAGUUGGUGUCGAAGACGUUCUUUCACCACACAUCGGAUGAUUUUUUAAUGCAUAACAUUAUGCAUGAGUUAGCAGAAUGUGUUGCAGGUGAAUUUUGUUACAGGUUGAUGGAUAGUGAUCCAAGCACAAUUGGAGUGAGUAGAGUGCGCCGUAUCUCAUAUUUUCAAGGAACAUACGAUGACUCUGAACAUUUUGAUAUGUACGCUGAUUUCGAGAAGUUGAGGACCUUCAUGCCUUUUAAAUUCUACCCCGUUGUUCCUUCGUUGGGUGGAAUUUCCGCUUCAGUUUCAACUCUAUUAAAAAAACCAAAGCCUCUGCGUGUCUUCUCUUUGUCUGAAUAUCCGAUUACCUUAUUGCCUAGUUCAAUUGGUCAUUUAUUGCAUUUGCGGUAUUUGGAUCUUUCUCGGACUCCAAUUACUUCUCUUCCUGAUUCUAUCUGCAAUCUGUAUAACUUAGAAGCAUUAUUGCUGGUGGGUUGUGCUGAUCUUACUUUGUUACCAACAAAAACAUCCAAGCUUAUCAACCUACGACAAUUGGAUAUUAGUGGCAGUGGUAUAAAAAAGAUGCCUACAAAUCUUGGCAAGUUAAAGUCUCUUCAAUCGUUGCCUCGUUUUGUCGUUAGCAAUGAUGGGGGAUCAAAUGUUGGUGAAUUGGGGGAGAUGUUGGAACUUCGUGGCUCACUUUCCAUUGUGAACUUGGAAAAUGUUCUGCUUAAAGAAGAAGCAUCCAAUGCUGGGUUGAAGCGUAAAAAAUAUCUUCAUGAGGUCGAAUUCAAGUGGACAACUCCAACACACAGUCAAGAGAGCGAAAAUAUUAUAUUUGACAUGCUAGAGCCGCAUCGAAACUUGAAAAGACUUAAAAUAAAUAAUUUUGGUGGUGAGAAGUUUCCAAAUUGGCUAGGGAGCAAUUCAGGUUCUACUAUGAUGUCUCUAUAUCUUGACGAGUGCGGAAAUUGUUUGUCAUUGCCAUCACUUGGACAAUUGUCUAAUCUGAGAGAAAUUUACAUAACUUCUGUUACAAGGUUGCAAAAGGUGGGUCCGGAAUUUUAUGGGAAUGGAUUUGAGGCAUUUAGUUCCUUAAGAAUCAUCAAGUUUAAGGACAUGCUCAAUUGGGAAGAAUGGUCAGUCAAUAAUCAAAGUGGAAGUGAGGGUUUCACUUUGCUUCAAGAGCUUUACAUAGAAAAUUGUCCUAAACUGAUUGGUAAGUUACCCGGCAACCUUCCUUCCUUGGAUAAGUUAGUGAUCACUUCAUGUCAAACUUUAAGUGAUACCAUGCCAUGUGUCCCAAGAUUAAGAGAAUUGAAGAUCAGCGGUUGUGAAGCAUUUGUUUCCUUAUCCGAGCAAAUGAUGAAAUGCAAUGAUUGUCUUCAAACAAUGGCCAUCAGUAACUGCCCAUCUUUGGUCAGCAUCCCUAUGGAUUGCGUCUCAGGGACGCUUAAAUCUCUUAAAGUAUCUGAUUGUCAGAAAUUACAACUAGAAGAGUCUCACUCCUAUCCUGUCCUUGAGAGUUUAAUCUUAAGAAGUUGCGAUUCUCUCGUAUCUUUUCAAUUGGCUUUAUUUCCAAAGCUUGAAGAUCUUUGCAUAGAAGAUUGUAGCAGUCUCCAGACCAUUUUAUCUACUGCAAACAAUCUUCCAUUUCUUCAAAACUUGAACUUGAAAAAUUGCUCAAAACUGGCUCCGUUUUCUGAGGGAGAGUUUUCUACAAUGACAUCACUUAAUUCUCUUCAUCUUGAGAGUCUUCCUACACUCACUUCACUAAAGGGCAUCGGAAUCGAACACUUAACCUCUCUUAAAAAGCUGGAGAUAGAGGAUUGUGGUAACCUUGCCUCUCUACCAAUAGUCGCCUCCCUUUUCCAUCUAACUGUCAAAGGAUGCCCGUUAUUGAAAUCGCAUUUUGAAAGGGUCACCGGAGAAUACUCGGACAUGGUGUCUUCCAUACCCUCUACUAUUAUUGAAGCUUAGAUCGCUCAUUUUAACCAUAUACAUCAGCCGAGAAAAGCAGAGGUAGAGAAGCAAUAGGUAAAAAAAUGCUGAGCGUAUUAACUGCUGGGAAUUGUCCUGUUUCUUUUUGGCCGGAGAAUGCGGCAUCUGAUCACUUCUGUUGUCCGUCUUGCUGUAUUCUGGGACUAAAUUAUUAAGUUCAUACUGCAUAUGAUUUGCAUAAUAAUUGAUAUCUUUGAAUUGCAGAAUUUUGAAAUUGUAAACUUGUCAUGUAUAAAUUUAUCUGGUCAAGUUGAUGCUCAUAAAGUUCUGUGAACGUUGUAGCUUUUUAAUGUCAUAA